AUGCAAGAAUCACUUAAGAGCCCUCUUCACAAGGCAACCUUGGUCUUUCGGCCCACGUUCACGCUCGCAGCCGCAGCCGUCAUUCACGACUGUCGCGACUUGCCUCUCAGCCCUCCCAUCGCUCCUGUCCCUCCCAUAGCUCCCGUCGCGCCAAUAGCUCCCGUCGCGCCAAUAGCUCCCGUCGCGCCAAUAGCUCCCGUCGCGCCAAUAGCUCCCGUCGCGCCCAUAGCUCUCGUCGCUCCUUCCCGUUACCCCCUGUUCGUCCCGUUUCUCCUGCCCCUCCCCGUUGCUCCCGCUCGUCGCUCCGUUGGUCCCGUUCGUCGCUCCGUUGCUUCCGCUCCUCACGUCCCUUCCGUCCCUCAUCCCGUCGCUCCCGUCCUUCCUCCCGUCGCUUCCGUCCCUCCCGUCUCUCGUCCACGUCGCUCCCGUCGCUUUCUUCCCUUCGGUCCCUCACAUCCCUCUCCGCCUCUCGCCUUCCUUCGCUCUAACCCUACACUGUUCUACCCUCCGCGCUGCGUCCCCUCUUCCCUACGUGCAGCUUUCCUCUUCCCUGUUCACAGUUUCCCCCCUUCCCUACGCGCAGUUCCCCCCCUUCCCUACGCGCAGUUUCCUCCCUACCCUACGCGCAGUUUCCUCCCUUCCCUACGCGCAGUUUCCUCCCUUCCCUACGUGCAGUUUCCAACCUUUCCUAAGCACCGGUAUGCGCGUGUCCCUAAUUCAGACUCCGACGCUGCUCUCGACUUUUCUGCAAACGCAUUCGCCGCUCCUCCGUCAACCGCGGGAAGAGCGCGAGGCUCCAACGACGCGGAUAUCCGCUUCGCCGGUCCGGACAUCCACAGGCGCGUCCCGAAGCGGUCGGUGCUGCUCGCGCUGUUCCUGCUGUUCCUGGGGUGCGCGUCGCUGGCCGUUUUCUACCUGAUGCAAACGGGCCAAGUGGAGGCUGGCGCGCAGCAGAAGUGGACGUGCCUCGCCAUCGCCUUCCUCACUCUCAUGCCCGGCUUUUACGAGAGCCGCAUUGCAUACUACUCGUGGAGACAAGCCCCGGGAUACUCCUUCUCACAAAUACCUCGCUACUAG